AUGCUGGGGCCUGUCGCAUAUGCUAAACUUUCUCGGAUCUUAAGCACAAUACUACGAAACGUCUAUUCGAUCAAGCCGUCACCCCAGAGUUCAAGACAUGCUUUUGUGACUCAAUAUACUGAGCAGCUGAGGAGCUGGCGGGCCGGCGUCUCUGAUUUUCUCGAUCCGCCAGCGAGAGCGGCCCCCCUGAUUCCCAUCUUCCAGCGGCAGAAGAACUCAAUUCCUUCUCCGUCACCAUUGAAGGUUGCUGAGCCACCCGUGCAGUUUACCUCAUACUUUGCUUUCUCCGCAGCGGUGAUUCUCUACAUUUAUACCAUCCAGAAGAGCAAAGAUGCUAGGGAGACUUACUGGGGCUAUUUAAAUGCUGCUAUCCGUUGUCAGCAUCAGCUCUCAAGCUUGGCAGAUGCCGAGUCUCUGGCUGCUCGGUACUGUUUGGUCCUAGAAGAAUUGCGGAUGGAAGCGUUGCGACAGACCGGGCAAUAUAGUGGCCCAGCCUCGCCGGCUGAAGGACCGGAGCUUUCCCUUUCCCUGGAGAGCGCAGACGCGUUUGCUGCGACCAGUGAGAGACCCAUGGGUACCGGUCUUGGCCUUCCUGAUGUCGGCGUGGACGAGGUUGGUGGUUUUGACGAUGUCAUGCCCAUCGAAUGCCUGCCCGAAAUGACGAGCUGGGCCCAAUUCGAAGAGCUAGUGAGUGCCCCGCGGGGGGAACUAUACCCGCCUAGGUAA